AUGGGUCUUCAAUUAACAACCCCUUUCAUCCUACUCGUACUCUCCAUCUAUUCUUCAACUUCUUCCUAUGCAGACCUUACAACCUUCGUUUACAAAGGUUGUGCUAACGAAAAAUUUCAAGACGGAUAUGGUAUCUCAUCGCAAAACCUUAAAUCACUCUACUCCAAUCUCAUAUCCCAAUCAUCCACUACCAAUUUCUAUAACACCACCACCGAAAAUGCCCAAUUAACAACCUCCAUCACUGGAGUUUAUCAGUGCCGAGGAGAUUUAUCCAACUCUGAUUGCAACACAUGCAUCAAAAAAAUCCCUGAAAGAAUUGAGAAAGUAUGUGGUGGAGAUACAAUCGCCGCCAUAUUUCAGCUAGAUGGUUGUUAUAUGAGGUAUGAAGUUGUCGGGUUCCCGCCGACGUCAGCAAUGGAGCUGCUGUAUAAACAGUGCGCGUCGAAUCGGGCUAGUGGGUCUGGAUUUUAUGAGAGGUUGGAAUCGACGUUGGUGCAGAUUGAAAAGGGGAUUGGGAAUGGGAAAGGGCAUUACGCUGCAGACUAUCAAUCAGUUGUUGUUUUGGGACAGUGUGAAGGCGAUUUGGGGAACGCGGAUUGUGUGAUUUGUGUGAAAAUUGUGGCGGAACAUGGAAGCAAUGUUACAUCAGGUACACAUAUUACCCAAACGGAGUACCCGGAUCACCCGGAUCAGGGCAAAAAGUGCGAUUACAAUGCUGCAGUGAGUGUUGUAUUCGAUUCCGACGGAGUCGUUGCCGAGUUUCAAUCCGGUGGCCCAUCCGGCUACUCCGACGACAUAGGCGGAAGCUUGGUAGGUGACAUGGAUCAGGUAUUUCCGUGCUCCUUCGAAGAUCCUGUGGCGUACCAUCUGAGGUCAUGUGGCGACGGUGGAAGCGCUGAGACAUUCAACAACGAUGCCAAGAGAGAUAUGGUAGAGAUUUGCUUUGAUUUUUUUAGUAGUGUUGUGUGUAGGAAGGAGACGGAAAGAAUAGGGUUUCGAUUUUCUGAUGUCGGCUUUGUAGAGAAGAUUAGGGUAACAUCUUUGAUAAGGUAA